AUGCCUCGAGGAAAGUCCCAUCGUCGAUCGGAAGCUGCAAAAAGGAGAGUAGAGGCAGUCCGGCUCGAACGAGUUGGGAUACCCAAGGCCUCCAGCGACUUUGUACCAAAGCGUGGCACAGGCGUGCGGCACGCUGUGCGAAAAUGGCCAGUUAGUGAAGUGACUAAUCACUGUCACAAGCUGGUCAUUCCAGAGGGAUUGCCCAAUAAGAAAUUUGUUCUUCUGAUCGGUGCGUCCCACUUGCGCUCUUUUGUGGACGGCAUUGUUGAGAUGGCAAGCGGCUGCUUGCAGUUUGGAUUUAUUUCGACUCCUGGUGCUCAAGCUGCUGAGCUGCGUCUCGAGGUGUUGAACGCUGUCGUACCUCGAGAGCCUGACGCUGUCUGCAUUAUGGCUCCAUCAAACAACCUUACGGCCAGUCGUCACCCAGAAGAAGCCGGACAGGAAUUUGAGCGGUACCUAUUGGCUGUCUGUUCUCGUUGGCCUAAGGUUUUUUGUACCGGCUUCGUCCCCCACUUGACUGAGUCCAGAGAGAAGCAGAACUUGUUUGAGCAGGAAUUCCACCGCAGGUCGGCAAAGCUAGGGAUUCGGUACUAUCCCAUUGCUGACAACUUUCCUCUGGGCCGUCGCGAUAUGUGGUGUCCUGAUGGCAUCCACUUGAGCGAUGACCACGGGAUGCACAUCCUCAAGCAACUGAUAUGGAUGUUUUCCUAUCAGUUCCUGGAGUUGUCAGCACCAAAGCCACUGGUGCAGCGUCAGGCAACUCCUCCUUACAAACCGAGGUUUGUGCCCCGUGUCGUGGUUAAGGGAGAGGUACGUUCUCGUCCUUCUUCUCCUCUCCCUACCGAAUGGACGCUCGUGAGAUCCGGCAGGAAGAGGAACCUCUCGGGAGAAUCAGACUGUUUGCCUGAUUCACCCAAGAAAAGAGUGGUUCAUCACCAGCGGGACGACACUCCUGUGGCUAUUUCGGAGUCUCUCAUCCCAUCCAAUCCUGUCCGUUUCUCACCCGCUAUCUUGGUGGCCAUGGAAACAGUCUCUCCAUCGGCCGUUCCCGAUGUUCGCACAGGCACCGAGACAAAGCCUGUGGAACAUCCAAAAAAACCAGCUGUCUCAAAGUGUAGGCGUGUGAGACAGAAGGCUUCAGCUGUAUCUCAUGCAACUCCUGUCAAAGGUGUGGAAUUUGUGCCGGCUGAUAACACUGUCAUGCCCAGGGUGUUUGUGUCUGAUGCUCAUCCUGCCUGUCCUCGCGUAGCGUCUGACUCUCCUCUUGUGGUGCCUGCCUGUCCUUUGGAGGUGUUCAACGGGACUGCCACCGUCUCUUGUUGCAGGGACAUUUUUUGGUACUAA